CCCAGCCCAGUGUCAUGGCCCCAGUAGCACUCCCUUGGCACGGGCCCCAGUUCCCCAGCCGGGCCUGGCUUUGAGCCAUGGGGUGGAGGCCAGGGCCAGAUUAGCGUUUUGCGGGCCCCCCCAGGGGCAAUGGAGCAUGGCGCGGCGAGGUCAGUCCCCAGGGCGAGGGGCCCGCCAGGCGCAUGGCAUGGCAGGGGCGGCCCCGCUCCGCCCAGCCCAGUGCGAGGCCACUAUUUACAAAGCGGCUGUUGCCAGACGCACAGUGGCCCUGUGGUGCCAGCAUGCCCCAUCCCCUCGGGGGCGGGCCCAUGCCACGCCAAAGAGCCCCCCCGCCCAACACCCCAUAGUGUGUGCUUAGCACCCAUCCGCAGCCCUGCUGAUCAGAUCCUCCCCCUGGUCCACAGAGCCUCCCGCCCACCGCUGAUCAGGUGCAGUCCCUGCUGCUGGAGUGAUGCCCACCUUCCAGUUCUUGCCCUUCUCGGCCCUGCUGGGCACCCUGGGGUUCCUGUGUGUGGUGUUCACAGGGUUCUGGUCCCACCAUUGGCGCGGAGGCUUCGCCUGGGAUGGCUCCGCCAAGAUGUUUAACUGGCACCCGGUCUUCAUGGUGACGGGCAUGCUGGUGCUGUAUGGGGCGGCGGUGCUGGUGUACCGGGUGCCCAGCUCCUGGGUGGGCCAGAAGCUCCCGUGGAAGCUGCUGCACGCGGCGCUGACCCUGACAGCCUUUGUCCUGGUCGUGCUGGGGCUCGUCGCCGUCUUCGGGUUCCACAAUGCCACGGGCACCCCCAACAUGUACUCGCUGCACAGCUGGCUGGGGCUGACGGCUGUGCUGUUCUUCUCUUGCCAGUGGCUCAUGGGGUUCGCUGCCUUCCUGUUACCCUGGUCCCCUGCCUGGCUGCGGAUCAUCUACAAGCCCAUUCAUGUCUUCUUUGGCUCCACCAUCCUCGCGCUGGCCAUGGCAGCAUCCAUCUCUGGCAUCAACGAGAAGCUCUUCUUCAGUCUGACGAACAAGACGGUUCCCUAUGCCAGACUCCCCCCUGAGGCCUGGUUUGCCAAUUUUCUGGGGAUGCUGAUCUUGGUCUUUGGGUUGCUGGUGCUGUGGGCUCUCGCCAAGCCGGCCUGGAAGCGCCCAGAGUCAGAGUCACUGGAGGCCCGACAGCCCCUGCUCCAUUAGGACAAGUGAAGCGGCCGCCCGGAAGAGGAGCUGCUGCCCAGACUCUCCGGCGAGAAGGGCAGCUCGGUGCUCCUGCUAUUGGCACUAAGCCGUCUCUGGAGCCUGGCCAGCGUGGAACGGAGGGGAGGAGGCACUCUCCGUGCUCCCUCUCCACCCAGCUGCUCUCGUCACUCCCCUGCCUUCUGCUCUGGGUUCCUGCACGUGCUGCUGCUUCCUGGGAUUCACCAGGCAGCCCUGGCCCCUCUUGCCAUUGUGCUGCUGUGCCUUAGGAGCCCUGGCUGACGCUCCGGCCUAGAUCAAGUGGCCUGAACUAAAAUAAAAGCCUGCUUUGUGGCGCUUGCCCUGGCAUCGGCUGUGCAGGAGGGAGGCGGGUUGUGUGUAAGGAGCCUGUGUUGGCCGCUCAGCUGUAGCAGCGUGCAUGUGCCCGGGGCAUUAACGUGCCAAGCUCCAGCCAGCUUCCCUUUCCCAAUGCCUGCCUAGCUCUGCCACCCACUUCUGCUCUCUGGUGCUGUGCCCUGCAAGUCUGGGAGAGCCUCUGCUAGAGCUCAGAGCAUUUGCUCUCCAUGAGGUUUGCUUCCAGCCGUGGUCAUACUCCCUCUCCCUUCCUGGAGAGCCGUUGUCCCAGCUCUUUGAGUGGAGGAAGCAGUUACAUUUCCUCCUGCCAGGAGAGGGCUUCAGAGCAGGAAGCUGUUGUCCGUGCAUUGCUGUGAUGUUUGGGUGGGCCAGGGAGUCUGGCUGCAGUGCCCGACUGCCCUGGGGAUGCUAAGGUGGGAGGAGCUGUCCGGGACCAUGCUGUUCACUCCUCUGCCCCUCCUUUGCUCAGGAUCCACAGAUAAACUCUGUACUGAGCGUCUCUGACCAGUAGAACAGCCCAGGCUCAGAAUCCACUCACCUGCAGCUCUCCGUUUGGAUCUAGGCUGUAUUGCUGUCUCUGGGGCUGUAGCACAGCUCCGCCGUGCAUGGUCCUACAACCCAGGCCGCCUUUCCUACCUCACCUGGGGUGUCUGGCUCUGGCCUCAGUAGCACUGAGAGCCAUCCCAGCAAGAAUUUCUAAGUGCUUGGGCCUGGAGGCUCUCUAAUGCCUGGCCCAUUCACAACCUUCAUGGCUGGCCUCUCCCAGGUCCCAGCUCAGCGCGGGCAGGCACCAUGAGCUGUAUCUCCCCCCAGUGCCUACGUGCUACCAUUGGCAUGGUGUGAUUUGGGGGCUGCACAAUGGACACUCACUGCUCUGUUGCCUGACCCAGCCAGCACUUAUGACAAUGGACUCGUAGCUUAUGCAUCCUUUGGUGGCAUCUGCCACUAGCUGCUCAGAAGCUUUGAGACAAGAUACUGUCCAUUCUGGGCACUGAAUCUGUCAGGGGUGCUGAGGGGUCCCUACAAAGCAGAUACUUCACUCUGGUUUAAGGAUUCAUGUACAGGAUUAGGGCUAAAUUGUUCACCAGGUCUAGAGCCAGGUAUUAAUCCCUCCCAUCCCCACAUGGUGUAACAGGUAGGGACACUGUGGGGAGGGUUCAGUGCCCAAGAGAAGGGCAGACAGGGAGUAUGGUUGACUCAAUGGGGAAUAUUUCCCCAUGACUGAUUGCAGGGGAGCGGGACAGGUGACCCUUCCUAUCCUCUAUGGCUAUGAGUUCUUCUCGGGGUGUAUGCUAUUGCGGUAAAUUGGGAGCGAGCCCACGUGGCUCAAGCGGAGAUUGUAGGAAGAUACUAGAGGCUUCAUUAGAAGCGUCUCCAGAGAGAGGCAAUUAAAUGUAUUUGUUGUAUGUGAGAAGCUGCCUUCCCAGCCCAGGGGGUUUGAUAGCAUUCAUACAGAGGCUCAGUACACCCUUCUGGAGAGGUGGAAUGCAGCUACAGCUGGUUGGAAUUUGAGUUUUCUGUCCCCAGGGAAAUUCUCAGACUUCCAAAUCUCUGGUUUUGUCCUGAGCUGGGAUGCUAAAUUGGUGGCGGGACUGUGUGACACACAGCACAGUGAGGAUUUCAGUUUGACUGUCUCAACACCUUUUGUUUCAAUGGGGCAAUGCUUCAAUUUGGCUUGUUACCUAGAAUAGUGAAAUGUCUGACAGGGAUGAUUUCCCCAGAUGUCCAGCUAACUCCAGGCAUUCCCCAAAAUGCUUUGACUUUUUUCCAUCAGAAAGAGCUGAUUGAUACAGAUUGUGGAAAACGUCCAACCAGCUCUGUAGACAGCCUUGAAAAAAUCACGUGGCCCUGGGCAGAAGGGGAAAAAAGGAGGCCAAAGCAGACAGUGGGAGCAAUUGGAGCAGCUAUUUCUGUACCCAGGAGAGGCAGAGUGCAAUCCAGCAUCAUCCCAUUGAGUACUGGGGCUUACGGGAAUGAACUAGAGUGACUGUUGCAAAGAUAGCUCAUGGGGAUGUAGCCUGGACAUCUACCUAACUCCAGGGAGGGGAGCUGGCUGCUGGGUCCUUGCUAAUAAGAGUUCAUAACUUAAAGCUCCAAGCUGGGACGUGUAUUUCCAGCCUGCUGUGUGUGUCUCUCUCUCAUAAGCUUGGCUGAAGUGUGUGGCUUCUCCAGGGCUUUGUCUCCUAUCUCUAGCAUUAGCCAUAUUAAUAGCUGGGGUACUUCUGAUGUCUUGCUGGGAACCUGAAUAGGCUAUUCUGAAAUGUUGAGGCCUCGGUGGCGGUACUACCCUUUGUUUAAUAAAUGGUAUCCUUUUGGAA